GAGGUGAUUCACGACAGCUCCCCCAGACGCCGAGUCCCUCCCUGUCCUGCCCCGGACCGGGCGCUCUUGGCCUGGAAGUCGGGAUAUAAGGGGGUGGCCGUGGGAAAGGAUCCGCCGCAUGUGAUGAAUUUGUCAACGCUCAGGGAAGGCUCAGCCAUGGCUUCCCUGUCCCCGAGUUCUUCGCCCUCCCGGGAGAGCGAGGACGGGCCGCCGCUGCCAGGUGGAGCCGAGCCAGGUGACCCCCGUGCCAAGCCCCCAGUCAAGCCCAAACCCAGCCCUCGGGCCUGGGCCGCCAAACCAGCUCUGCCCGCCAAGCCCAGCCUGCUGGUGCCCCUCGGGCCUCGGCCUCCCCGCGGCCCCCUGGCCGAGCUGCCCUCGGCCCGGAAGAUGAACAUGCUGGCGGGACCCCAGCCGUACGGAGGCAGCAGGCGCCCGUUACCCUUCGCCCCCCGCCCGGCCUCCGAGCCCCCGGCCGGGGGAGACCCCGCCAGGGCCCCCGGGACGCAGGCGGGAGGGCCGGGGAGGGAGGACGGGGUCCCGGCGGCCCCCGCCCCCAGGGGCCCAGCCUCGGGGGGCGUCCGGAAGGCCCCGGCCCCGUUCCGCCCGGCGUCGGAGCGCUUGGCCGCCGCCGCUGCCGUGGAAGACAUCCUGGCCAAGAUGGAGCGGGAGUCCCAGAGGGAGGGGCCUGCCAGCCCCGAGCGGCUCUGGGGCUCCCGCCUGACCUUCAACCACGACGGCAGCUCCCGCUACGGCCCCAGGGGCUACGGCGCCGUGCGGGGCCCGGCCGACGAGGAGCGGAGCGGCCCCCGGGCCGCGGGGCCGCCCCGGGGGGAGGCCCCGGGGGAGGAGAGCCGGCAGGAAGGAGGCUCCGGCCUGGGCUCAAGGUCGCCAGAGCCAGGCGGCGAGCCUGGCCAGCGGGCCCCGGAGAGUGAACUGGGGCUCCAGCCAGAUCCCAGGGAGGACCCAGCCGGGCCGAAAAGUCCAGAAGCGCCCCUUGACGCUUCUAAGUCCUGGACCCCCUCCCCUCCCAGCCCUUCUGACAAAGAAUCUCCCCGCCUUUUGGAAAGCCCAGACUCUUCCAGUCCCCCCACGGAGGUCUCUCUCCGUCUCUCUGGCGUCUCGGACGGGCCAGAGCUCUUCUCCUCACACCCCGGUGAUCAGCUCGUGGGGUCCAAGAGUCCGGAUUCCCCGGGGGGCUCCGCCAGCCUCCCUCAGGUCCCGGGACCCCGUGGUCCGACCGUCUCUUCGGGAGACACCCCUCGUCCGGCCGAGACGCCGGCCGGGGCCGCUCCGAGCCCGCUCCCCGAGGCCGCGCCUCAACUCCCCGAGGCUCCUCCGUCCGGGAGUCUGGUUCGUCCUUCCCCGGGGUCCCCCAGCCUCUCCAGGCCUCCCCUAUCCCUCGGCCCGGCUCGACCCCCCGAGGAGUCCCCGAGAGCCUGCGGUCCGGCCCUUCCCUCAGAGAGGCCCCCCAGCCUCUCCCAGCCCCCAGAACCUCCGAGUCCAGAGCGGCCCCGCGUCACCUCCCCCCGGUCUCCGCUCCUGGGGACCCCCUUUGGGGAGCACGUGCGGACGUUCCCGGCUGAAGAGGUGGGAGAGGAGGCGAGCCAGCGGCCUCCAAACCUGGAGCAGCGCCGCUUCUCCGAGGGUGGGCUGCGGCCCCCGGAGCGGGCCCGGGCAGAGCUCGGGGGGUCUCUGGCCGCCCUGUCCCAGCCCCCGGAGGGAGGCGGCUCCGCCCUGGACCGCCCCUUUGGGGACGGGACGGAGUCCAACUGGAGCCUGUCACAGUCGUUCGAGUGGACCUUCCCCACGCGGCCCUCCGGCCUGGGGGUCUGGCGCCUGGACUCGCCGCCGCCGUCACCCAUCACGGAAGCGGACGACUCCGGCCUCUCCGAAGGGGAGGGAGGGGACUCGGACCUGGAGCCCGGGCCCGCCGCUUCACGGGCCGGCGGGGGACGCGAUGGCGGCCGAGCCCCCGGAGGGGACAGAGGGUCUCCCGGCUCCGAGCCCCCAAAGCCUCCCGUGCAUCCCCUGGAGCCUCGAGGUCAGAGGUCACCGGGGCCGGCUCUGCUGCAGGCUGAGGAGGCGGACGAGCCCGGGGAGCCCCCCGUCGGGCCGCAGGCCUCCACGCCCGCCACCGUGGCCCAGCCGCUGAUGGAACCCGUGCGGGGACUGGAGCCCGCGGCCCUCCCUGCCCAGCCCUGCGUCUUGUUCGCCGAUGCCGACCUCCCCGAGCGAGCCACGGCCACGUGGGAGGACGAUACCGCCCGGGCCCAGACCACCGGCGCCCCUCGGGCCGAGGAAGGGGGCACUCAGGGAGUGUCCCCAGAACCCCCAGAAGGAGAUGCUCGCUGGCUGGACGAGCUCCUGGCCUCCCCCCCGCCCGACGCCGCCGGCCCCGCGAAGGAGGUGGAACCAGAGCCGCGGGAGACCCCGGCGUCCGACGCCAGGCCCGAGGGACUCCUUGGCUGGGCCCAGAAGGACCUGCGGACUGAAUUUGGGAUUGGAGGGGACUCCAGGGACUUCAGCCCCUCACCCUGGGCCAGAGAGUCCUCUGGGGGAUACGGCCUCGGGGGCUCGGGGCCCGAGCGAGCCCCAGCCUCCGGGGAGAGGGACUGGGCCCGAGAGUACGGCAGCGGGGGCAGCCGGCGAGGACAGAAGGAGUGGGCCGGCACGUUCGGCCUCGGCCAGCCCGAAGCCGGCGGUGAGUUUGACCUCAGCUGCGGCGGUGGCGGAGACCGAGGGGAGAGGUUCAUCCCAGGGGGUCCGGAUCAGGCCCACGCCCGGGACGGGGAGUUCGGGAAGAGCCUGCAAGCGGGCACCUACGGCUCCGACGCGGCCGCCAGGCGGGACGGGGAGUUGGGGAAGACGGAGCCGAGCGGGGAGCACGGCUCCGGCGUUGCCGACCGCCGGGAUGGAGAGUUCGGCAAGAGGGACUGGACGAAGGAGUUGAGCAGCAGCGAUGCCCACCCGCAGGGCGGGGGCUUUGGCGAGAAAGACUCGAGCCUUGGGUUUGGCCGGGGGACUUCAGAACUGCAGGAAGAGCAGUUUGGGAAGACAAAGCCGAGCAGUGAAUCCAGCACCAGAGAUUCCGACAAGGAGGAAAAGGAGGACCCAGAGGGGUCCUAUCAUCCUGGCAGCCCCAGCCUGCAGGGGAAGGAGCUGGAGAUGAGAGAUUGGAGCAGCAGAUUUGGCAUCGGUGACACUGACCGCCAGAAUGGAGAGUUUGAGACGAGGGACCAGGCCGGAGCGUUCCGCGCCAGGGAUGCCAAUUGGCAGGAUAGAGAGUUUGAGAAGAGGGACCUGGCCAGGGUAUACAGCGCCAAUGAUACCGACCUCCAGGAUAGAGAGUUUGGGAAGAGGGACGAGACUGGGAUAUACAGCACUGGUGAUGCCGACCUCCAGGUUAGAGAGUUUGGGAAGAGGGACCAGAUGGGGACAUUCAGCACUAGUGAUGCCGACCUCCAGGAUAGAGAGUUUGGGAAGAGGGACCAGGCUGGAAUAUACAGCACUAGUGAUGCCGACCGCCAAGAUAGAGAGUUCAGGAAGAGGGACCGGGCUGGGAUAUACAGCACCGGUGAUGCCGACCUCCAGGAUAGAGAGUUUGGGAAGAGUGACCAGAUGGGGACAUUCAGCACCAGCGAUUCUGACCGCCAGGAUAGAGAGUUCGGGAAGAGGGACCAGGCUGGGAUAUACAGCACCGGCGAUGCUGACUGCCAGGAUAGAGAGUUCGGGAAGAGGGACCAGGCCGGGAUAUACAGCACCGGCGAUGCCGAUCGCCAGGAUAGAGAGUUCGGGAAGAGGGACCAGGCCGGGAUAUACAGCACCGACGAUGCCGACCGCCAGGAUAGAGAGUUCGGGAAGAAGGAUUGGAUGAGCGAAUACAGCAGCAGCGAUGCCGACCGGCAGAACAGGCCCUUCGGAAGGAGAGAUGAGCUUGGGGCUUACAGUGGCAGGGAGGAUGACCACCAGGACAGGGAGUUUGGGAAGACGGACUGGACCACUGAGUUCAGAAACUCCGAGAUCCAGCGGCCAGAAAGGGAGUUCAGCUUGGACGGGCGGGACUGGAGCGGUGACUUCUGCAUCGAGGGCAGCGAUCGGGGAGACCAGUUCGGCAUCAUCGGGACGGACCGGGGCAGCUGCCCAGGAAUGGCCACCCGGAGUCCAACCGGCAAGGUCGGAAACGCGGACUUCGUACCGUCCGGGCGAGUGCCGGUGGGAAAGACGGACUGGACCAGCGAUCUGGGCCUCAGGAACCUGGACGUGUCCGUCGGCGAGGCCAGAGAGCAGGGAGUGGGACAGGUGGACUGGUCACACGACCUCGGCCUCAGAAGCCUGGACGUGGCCGGCGGCUUGGGGUCCGGAGGGGCCGGGGCAGCCGGCGAACUCGGGAGAGGACAGAGCGAUUGGACCCGUGAGCUCGGCCUGAGUCACGUGGACGGGUCUGGCGGUCCCGGCGAGGCCAGGGACCGCGGAGCAGGGCAGAUGGACUGGACCCCCGAUCUCGGACUACGGAACAUAAGUGUGUCCGGCGGAGACUCCGGAGGCUCUCUCAAGUCGAGAGGGCUUGGUGUCGGGCAGGCUGACUGGACCCCUGACCUUGGACUGAGAAACAUGGAUUUGACCGGCGGCUUGGGGUCAGGUGGCCCCACAGAGGCCAGGGAGCACGGGGUGGGAUGUACAGACUGGACCCAUGAUCUCGGCCUGAGGAGAAUGGAUCUGCCCAGCGGCUCGGAGCUGGGAGACCUGCCCAGCGAGACCCGGCAGUGUGGAGUCGGACAGACGGACUGGUCGCCGGACCUGGGGCUCCGGAGCGCGGACCUACCGGGCGACUUGGGCUCCGACGGCCCGAGCGAAGUCAGAAGAUGCGGGGUGGGACAGGUGGACUGGUCCCACGACCGCGGCCCCACGGACGUGGCAUUGCCUAGCGGCUUGGGAACCGGCAGUCCCGGUGAGGCCAGAGAACUCGGAGUAGGAGAGACGGCCUGGUUGCGUGCCUCUGAGAGUCGACCUGGAGACCCCUCCGCCCAGCCCUCCGGCAGCGGGGCCUCGGGCGCGGAGCCGGAGCCGGACAUCCGCGACCCCAGCGACCUGGGGACCAGCCCAGGCAGACACCUCUCCCGCUCGUCACCCUCCGGCUCCAAGAGCCUGUUGGAGGAGAUGCUGGCCAACAGCUCCUCCAAAGCGGCGGCCCGCAGGGAGAGGGCGGCUUCGGGCCUCAGUGGGCCACCCAAGGAGGAGGGGGAGGAGGAGGAAGACGAGGCGGCAGCUAUGGCCGAGGCAGAAGGUGUGAAGGAGGCAUCCUCCGAGCCGGGAGAGGACCCCCUUCUCCCCCGGCGAGCCCAGCCCGACGGCGAGGCCGGUCGGGGAGAGGAGCCGGACGGAAGCCAGACCCCCUCGGGGGACGGACGGGAGACGGCCCCGCCGGCCCCGGCUCCGAGGCGGCUUCUCCGCAGUUUCACCACCGGUUCUUCCAGCCAGGAUUUCUCCUUCAUAGAGGACACGGAGGUCCUGGACAGUGCCAUGUAUCGGAGCCGUGCCAACCUGGGGCGCAAACGUGGGCACCGGGCUCCGGCCCUCCGGCCGGGGGCCACCCUGGGGCUGGCUGAGUCCACCGACUCCUGGUUCUUUCAGGACUCCACAGAGCCCCGGCCAACACGGAGGGCGUCGUCGGACGAGGAAGUGGCGGAGGAGCCGCAGAGCCGCCGGACGCGGAUGAGCCUGGGGUCCAAGAGCCUGAAAGUCAACCUCUUCCCUGGCCUCAGCCCGUCAGCCCUAAAGGCCAAGCUGCGACCCCGGAACCGCUCAGCCGAGGAAGGGGAGCAGGUGGAGGCUAAACCCACGCAGAAAGAGUCCCUGGUUCAACGCUCCAAAUCCUGCAAAGUUCCCGGCCUGGGGAAGCCCCUGGUCCUGCCCCCGAAGCCGGAGAAGUCCUCAGGGUCAGAAGGGUCGUCUUCUCCUACUUGGCUGCAGGCGCUGAAGCUGAAGAAGAAGAGGGUAUGAGGAGGAGCUGUUGAGGUUGCUCCUGCUUGGAGUCUCGGGCAGCCCCCACCAUGGGGGUCGGGGGAGGGACGAGGAUUGGAGCCGGGCCUGCGCCCCCUUCCCACGUCCCGGAGCCCCGGCAGAGCAUGGAGGAGGAGGAAGAGGAGGAGGAGGAGGACGGGAGGGGGAGGCCCAGGCACAUUUAUGCACUUUGUAUCGUCCUCGCACCCUCUUUUUGGUUUCGGUCAUUAGCGGUUGACGGUUUUCUGCCCCCUCCACCUCCCCACUGUCUGAUUUUCUUUUGAUACCACUUUAUAGCAUUUUUAUAAAGUCUCUGGUUUUGUAAUGAGCAGCAGAGCCCCCCUCCUCCUCCUCCUCCUCCUCUUUUCCCUCUUCCCUGCACUCCCCCGCCCUCCCCCCACCCCUCCCAGCACCCCAUGGAGACCAAUGAAAUUUUGCCACUUGAAACAAUAAAAUU